GCUCACUCCAAACACGACUGCAGUUUUAAUCGGUGUCCGGAAGACAAAGGAAUAAAGCUGCUCAUUCGGAGCACGAGUUUAUUAUCGAAUCAACUAAUACUGUAUCGAUUCUAAGUGUUAUCGUUAUUCUCCGUACAUUUUUAAGACAUCAGUCGUAAUGGUGAAAGUACGUUUAGUUCUAUCCAAACUUGUAUUUGGUGCUUUAUAUUGCAUUUGCCUGGACUACGGAUUGUUUUGUAUUAUGGAUUAUCUCGCAAAGAAAAGAAAACCUACCGAUGCAAGCGAAGUUAUGUUCUUCACGGACAAAGGGGCAGGAUGCCGACAACAUAUUUACGACAAAUCUGGUUGCGGAAACGACGGCUGUGCUUAUUCAAACAUCAGGCGGAUUGUUGACUUCAUGAACUGUGCUCGCGAGACGCUGGACGUGUGCAUCUACCUGGUGACCUGCCACGACCUGGCCAACGCCAUCCUCAAAGUGCACGAGCGCGGCGUGCGGGUACGGAUCAUAGCGGACGCAGACAUGGCGGAGGGCUCCGGGUCGCAAAUCAGCACUUUCAAGAAGCAAGGAAUCCCGGUUCGAAUGAAGGACUCUCCUUUCUUGAUGCACCACAAAUACUUCAUUGUCGACCACACUCUCUUGGUCACCGGCUCAUUCAACUGGACUAUGCAAGCCAUUACGGGAAAUUGGGACAAUGUCAUCGUGGCUGCUGAACGAGAGCUUCUGGAGCCAUUCGACAGACAUUUCUCUCACUUGUGGCAAGAGUUCGAAAAAUAUUCUUAAUCAAUAUCUGUAUGUAAUUGAUUUAAGCGUAAGAUUCAACAACAAUUUCUUACUUUUAUCUAGAAAAUUUAGGUUUGUUACAGGUAUUAGAUAGUAUUUUUUUCUUCACGUAUAGAAUUAUACAGGUUUCCGAACUUUGAUAAGCAUCUUCUCUUUUGUUCGUGUUUCAUUUUUGGUAGACGAUAAAGACAUAAAUGAUUUUUACACCUCGAUGAGUAUACUUUAUUAUAAUUUUUCCUAAUCCAGAGAAAAAAUAAUUUUCUUACACUUUUUAAUAUGAAAGUUAUCGACAAAACAUUCAAAGCAAUUUUUGCGAUAAUUUAAGUAUUUUCUUAAAUGUUCAAAUUUGUCUCAUUUGUACUCAAACGCUUUGGGUAUUUUGAGAAUCGUUUUAAAGACCAUUCGCAGCAAUCACUUCAAUUUUUAUUGAUUAAAUACUACUAUUAUAUAUUUUUUAUCGAUUUAUAUGUUAAUGAUGAUCUUUUAAAAAUACUACUUUGUAACAUGAUUUGAGCAUCAUAGUGUAGAAGCAUAAUAUGUUAAUUGCUCCUGAAUGUAGGGUUGUAAGAAGUGUUAUAAGAAAAUGAAUAAAUAAGGGGAGUAAGAUACUACAAAUAAUGUACUCGCAUAAUUAGUUACUUUAAUAGCAUAAUAGUCUGCAUUAAAUUAAUAAUCUUUGAAUUACUGAUUGUUACAUCAGUUUCAAAGAAUCUGUAAGCCAGUGCAAUGUAAGUUCGAAAUGUGACUGAAAACUUCCAUAACUUCGGGAUUAACGCACUCAUAAAAAAUACUAACUCGGAA